CCUCCGUCCCGGUGCAGCUGCUAUCUCCUGUAGCCUCUCGCAGCACCGCUACCAUGCCGUCCAGGAAUAUCAUCCCAAAGCAGGGUAACGCCAAGGCACUACGCGCGAAGCGCAAGCGUGAGCCACAGGUCCAUGAGAAUGCGAAAACAGCCAUCAUCAUCAAGGGCCGCAAAACCAGCCAGGAUGUGACCGACGCUCUCAAAGACAUUUACCGCCUCAAGUCUCCGGAUGCCGUCAUGUUCUCCAAGAAGAACGACACCAACCCCAUGGAGGACGAGACCUCUGCCGAGUUCCUCAUGUCCAAGAACGACUGCUCGCUCUUCUGCUUCGGCAGCCACAACAAGAAGCGUCCCAACAACCUUGUACUGGGCCGAACAUUCGACGGGCACAUGUUAGACAUGAUCGAGCUAGGCCUCGUCCAAUACCGAGGGCUUGGGGAACUGGCCGGGCUAGCGAAACGGGUUGGCUCCAAGCCGGCCUUCGUCUUUUCGGGGGAGAAGUGGGGAAGGGAGGAGGCCUACCGGAAGCUUCAGAACCUGUUGCUGGACUUUUUCCGGGGCCAGGUGGUGAACGAAGUGGCGUUAGCGGGUUUGGACCACUGCGUGGUGUGCACGGCAACACAAGACAAGGUUUACGUGCGGCACUAUCACAUCGGGUUUCAUCGGUCAGGCUCUAAGAUCCCUGCCGUGGAUUUGAAGGAGAUGGGACCCUCGUUGGACCUGCAGAUUCGACGCACCAGCUUUGCAGCGGAGGACUUGUGUAAGGCUUCCGUCAAGAAGCCCAGAGUUGCGGAGACGAGAAAGACCAAGAACGUCUCGGCGAACCAGUUCGGGGACAAGCUUGGCCGCAUCCACCUCGGCAGACAGGACCUUUCCAGCAUGAAGGUUCGUCGUGUCAAGGCCCUGCGCACCGUCGGCAAGGGGGCUAAAGAAGGAGAGGGGGCAAGCGCCGAAGACGGCGGUGACGGGGACCCGAUGGAUGGUAUAACUACUAGUGGUACCGGCAGCACGUCGGCGGGGGAGAUGGGGAACGGGGAAGGCGGUGCGACCGCGGCCGCACGGGCAAAGCGCGGCACGCGGCGUAAGAACAAGGAGAGGAAGGUCCUCUAAAGGUCCUCUGAAGCGUGACUGCUUAUAUUGGGAGGGACAGGAAGCAAGGCUCGCUCAUCUCUGGAAGCGUGCUUGUGUGAUGGAUACGCUUGAGGCUUGUCGGCAGGGAGGGCAAGCCCCGAUGUGGUAUCAAGCGUGAUUCGUGAUGACUAGUAGCCAGGGAGAACAAGACCCGCUCGGCACUGUGACGUUAAUCGGGAUUAAUGCGCUCGAGGCUUCAAGGCAGAGAUCAAGCCCCGCGUUUAGUGAUUGCCUGAAUGGGGUUUGAAUCUUUCAAUCGCGCCGGUGGUCUUGUUGACGAAACGAGCUUGGGGCGUAAAAGCGACAUGGGUGAUUCGUGAUGACUAGUAGGCAGGGAGAACAAGACCCGCUCGGCACUGUGACGUUAAUCGGGAUUAAUGCGCUCGAGGCUUCAAGGCAGAGAUCAAGCCCCGCGUUUAGUGAUUGCCUGAAUGGGGUUUGAAUCUUUCAAUCGCGCCGGUGGUCUUGUUGACGAAACGAGCUUGGGGCGUAAAAGCGACAUGGGCGACGAGAGCAAGACUUUCGAUGGAAUUCUGUUGGCGUUUAACCGUGCAAUGGAGGUGUUAAUUGAUCGAUAAAAUGCACUCACGACCUGUGACUCAAAUCUACU